AUGUUAAACACAAAACUAACUAAGUUCAUAGAUUCAAAAGCAGAUCAAGUCAAUUCAUAGCUUAAGUCUGCUCAAAACACCCUCCAAAAUUAGACAUCCCAAUUAACUAAUUAAAUUACAGAAGCAAAUCAAACAAUGAAGGUUGCUGCUCCUUUACUAAAAGCCAUGGGUAAAGCUCCAAUCCUAUUUUUUUAAGGUCAUUCAGAAGCUGCCCAAAUUUCCAAGGGAUUAGAUUUGGCUUAAAAAAACCUGGUACCCAUUAUUGAUUAGACCAAUAAAACUAUACAAAAGGGCUCAGAUAUCGUUAAUUCUUAAAUUUAAAAAGCAUCUACCAUAGCAAAUUAGCAAAUUCAGAAAAUUAAUGUAAAAUCUAUAUAUCAAUAAUUAAGGAACAAGUUAUGCCAUAAAUAGAAUAGGGUUAGCAGAUAAUAAAAUAAUAAUAUGAAAAAGGUAUGGAAGCGAUUAAAGAAAAUUAAAAUUUUUAAACUAUUGCCGUAAAAGCUGCCGUAAUAGGAAUGGCAGUUAAUUAAAUAAUGGAAACUCCAACAGAUGAUGGAUCAGAAAUAUUGAAUUAAAGAAAAGAAAAUACAUAAUAAUUCUAAUAAUAAUAACAAUAAUAAUAAUAAUAAUAAUAAUAAUAAUAAUAAUAAUAAUUAUAAUAAUAACAAUAGUCAACUAGUUAUAAUGUAUCAAAUAAUGAUCCUAAUAAAUAAUAGUUAAAAUAAGAAUCUCAUUUCUUUCAAAAUAAAAUUAAAUAAUACAUUAAAAAAAUAACAGGCAAGUAAGUCAAUUCAAGAAUUGAAUAUUUAUGUCUUAUCCAAUAAAAGCUAAAAGAUAACAUUGAUUCCAAUUAUUUAUAAUAAUCAAAAUAGUCAUUAAAAAAUGAAAUGUGGAAAGCUGCUUAUUAAGAGAGAAGAAUUUAAAGUCACCAAAUUUUUAUAUAGUAUAUGACAAAAAUGGUUGAAUUCAUUUUUGAAUACUUAACGAUUGUUGAAACAGUCUUUUAGCAAAUCAAAAUGAGAUACAAAUCUUCCAAUAACUCAUUUGAAAUGAUUCUCAACUAUUGCAACAAUUUAUCAAUACAAUUAGACUACUACACAACCUAUAGUUAUGUUCAACCAUAGUAAAAAUUCUUGAGUAGACUAUUCACUAAUCAAACAAAAUUAUAAAUAAAAAAUGGUCAAAAAAUGAAGAAAUCCACCAAAUCAAGUAACUAAAAUGAGAAUGCAGAAACUCCAAAUUAACAAUAAGUCUAGAAGGAGGAGAAGGAAGAUGUACAAUUCUACCAUUAGGAGCUCUGCUAAAACUUUAAUAAUCUCGAAAGUGAAUAUUAAUUGCAUACAAAUAAUAUCCAAAUCUUAAAGAACAACUUGAAAGGAGAGUUAAAAGAUAAAUUAAUAAUAUGCCAAUAAAUGAAUUAAUAAAGGAUAUCUGAUUAUUUGAUGUAGGUUCAAGGUUAACGAAAUAUCACAUUUGAGGCAGUUGAACAAUUUUACAAGAGCUUCAUCCAAUAUGAAUAAAUCUAUUCUUAAAAUGUAGAAGCAGCGUUUGAGGGAGGACAACAGAUAAGGGAUAUCUACAAUGAAGAAUACAGAAUGUAUUGUAAAUAAUUAAUUAAAUUUAGAUUAUUUUAAAUCUCUCAUAAAAUAAUAGUAACAGUUUGGAUUAUUUACAACCUAUAUUCUAAAAGAAAUAUCCCAAUUUGAAUACACACGAAUAGAAUUCCUUUAGAAAGCAUUCACACAAUUAACUGCUGAAUUGGGAAAGUAUUUUCAAUUUCCAAACUUAAAAACAAUUAACUUCUCAAAUCCAUUAAUAUUAUAAUAGGCAAAGACAGCAUUUGACAUAAAUUAAUUACUAACGUCUGAAUAGCUUGUAAUAAUCAAGAAAUACUCAGGCAUACCAUUGCAGAAUAACAUUUCAACAGAUAUAUAUUCAGCAUUUGCUUCAAAUUUCACAAGUAAGUAAUAUUCAAAUUCUAGUACCUUCUCCCGAAUCUCUUUUGUCAUCUUCUCCUUUGAUUCUAAAAAAAUACGAUGUUAAAAGGGAUGUGGCAUGGGAAAGAUCCCUAAGUUUUGGCAAAGACUUUGUGCCAACCAGUUUCAUAAUAACUGUUGAUGGGUUUCUGCUAUUUUUUGAUACAGACUGGAAGGAACAGAAUAACGAUGAACCAACUCAAUGUCAUAAUUUUAUGGUCAUAAAUGAAGUAUUUAAUGAGAUAUAAUUGAACAGUUAGCAAUAAAGGAGAGGUAAAGUGAUGAGAAAGUCGUAGAAUUGAUAGUGAAGAAGCAAGGGAAACUGUUUGAUACACAUAAGAAAUAAAUAUUAAUGAUGAAUGAUGUAAUGGAGAAGGAAUCCUUAAAAUUAUUACUAAAUUAAUUUAAAUGAUUUAUUAUUAAAAUAAAUGAUACUUGAAAUAAAUAUGGC